CAGAGCCACAGGAUGGCUUCCCCUCUGAGGGACGAGGAGGAGGAGGAGGAGGAGAUGGUGGUGUCGGAGGAGGAAGAAGAGGAGGAAGAAGAGGGCGACGAGGAGGAGGAGGAGGAGGAGGUGGAGGCGGCCGAGGAGGACGACGAGGAGGACGACGAGGAGGGAGGACUCGGGCGCGGGCCGGGCCACGACCGGGGCCGCGACCGCCCCAGCCCCCCCGGCUGCCACCUCUUCCCGCCGCCGCCGCCGCCGCCACCGCCGCCGCCGCCGCCCCCGCCCAAAGAUAAGGAUGCCAUUCGGCUGCUGCCUUCAGCAUUGGGUGUGAAGAAGAGAAAGCAAGGACCCAAGAAGCAAAAGGAAAACAAGCCAGGAAAGCCUCGGAAACGCAGGAAGCUUGACAGUGAAGAGGAAUUUGGCUCCGAGCGAGAUGAAUACCGGGAAAAGUCAGAGAGUGGAGGCAGCGAAUAUGGAACUGGACCAGGUCGGAAACGGAGACGGAAGCACCGAGAGAAAAAAGAGAAAAAAACGAAGAGAAGGAAAAGGGGGGAAGGAGAUGGGGGACAGAAGCAGGUGGAACAGAAGUCAUCAGCAACCCUGCUUCUGACCUGGGGCCUGGAGGAUGUGGAACACGUGUUCUCUGAGGAGGACUAUCACACACUUACGAAUUACAAAGCCUUCAGUCAGUUCAUGAGGCCCCUGAUCGCUAAGAAGAACCCUAAGAUCCCGAUGUCUAAGAUGAUGACCAUCCUGGGAGCCAAGUGGAGAGAGUUCAGCGCCAACAACCCCUUCAAAGGGUCAGCAGCUGCUGUGGCGGCCGCGGCGGCGGCAGCGGCGGCAGCGGUGGCCGAACAGGUGUCAGCUGCCGCCUCCUCAGCCACCCCCAUAGCACCGUCUGGACCCCCCCCUGCCCUUCCACCACCCCCUGCUCCUGAAAUCCAGCCCCCACCCAUCCGAAGAGCCAAAACCAAAGAGGGCAAAGGUCCAGGCCACAAGAGGCGGAACAAGAGCCCCCGAGUGCCUGAUGGACGCAAGAAGCUUCGAGGAAAGAAGAUGGCGCCCCUGAAAAUCAAGUUGGGGCUGCUGGGUGGCAAGAGGAAGAAGGCAGGCUCGUACGUGUUUCAGAGUGACGAGGGCCCUGAACCUGAGGCCGAGGAGUCAGACCUGGACAGCGGCAGCAUCCACAGUGCCUCGGGCCGGCCUGAUGGCCCUGUCCGUGCCAAGAAAGUGAAGCGAGGCCGGCCGGGAAGGAAGAAGAAGAAGGUCCUGGGCUGCCCCGCAGUGGCCGGGGAGGAGGAGGUUGAUGGCUACGAGACGGACCACCAGGAUUACUGUGAGGUGUGCCAGCAGGGUGGGGAGAUCAUUCUGUGCGACACCUGCCCUCGUGCCUACCACCUCGUCUGCCUCGACCCUGAGCUUGACCGGGCCCCUGAGGGCAGGUGGAGCUGCCCGCACUGCGAGAAGGAGGGGGUACAGUGGGAGGCCAAGGAAGAGGAGGAGGAGUACGAAGAGGAGGGGGAGGAGGGAGAGAAGGAGGAGGAGGAUGACCACAUGGAGUACUGCCGAGUGUGCAAGGACGGCGGGGAGCUGCUGUGCUGCGACGCGUGCAUCUCCUCCUACCACAUCCACUGCCUGAACCCCCCGCUGCCCGACAUCCCCAACGGCGAGUGGCUGUGCCCUCGGUGCACGUGUCCUGUGCUAAAGGGCCGCGUUCAGAAGAUCUUGCAUUGGCGAUGGGGGGAGCCUCCUGUGGCAGUGCCCGCACCGCAGCAGGCAGCCGGGAACCCAGACGCCCCACCGCCUCGCCCUCUCCAGGGCAGAUCCGAGCGGGAGUUCUUCGUCAAGUGGGUGGGCCUGUCCUACUGGCACUGCUCCUGGGCCAAGGAGCUUCAGCUGGAAAUCUUCCACUUGGUAAUGUACCGCAACUACCAACGGAAAAAUGACAUGGACGAGCCCCCGCCCCUGGACUACGGCUCUGGCGAGGACGACGGGAAGAGCGAUAAGCGCAAAGUGAAGGACCCGCACUACGCCGAGAUGGAGGAGAAGUACUACCGCUUCGGCAUCAAGCCGGAGUGGAUGACCGUCCACCGUAUCAUCAACCACAGUAUGGAUAAGAAGGGGAAUUACCACUAUCUUGUGAAAUGGAAGGAUUUGCCUUAUGACCAGUCUACGUGGGAGGAGGAUGAAAUGAACAUCCCUGAAUAUGAAGACCAUAAGCAAAGCUACUGGAGACAUCGUGAGCUAAUUAUGGGUGAGGACCCUGCACAGCCUCGCAAGUACAAGAAGAAGAAGAAGGAGUUACAGGGUGACGGGCCCCCCAGUUCACCCACCAAUGACCCCACCGUGAAAUAUGAGACACAGCCGCGGUUCAUCACGGCCACGGGGGGCACCCUGCACAUGUACCAGCUGGAAGGGCUGAACUGGCUGCGCUUCUCGUGGGCGCAAGGCACCGACACCAUUCUGGCCGACGAGAUGGGGCUGGGCAAGACCAUCCAAACCAUCGUCUUCCUCUACUCACUCUACAAGGAGGGCCACACAAAGGGCCCCUUCCUGGUGAGUGCUCCACUGUCUACCAUCAUCAACUGGGAGCGGGAGUUCCAGAUGUGGGCACCCCAGUUCUACGUGGUCACCUACACGGGCGACAAGGACAGCCGGGCCAUUAUCCGAGAGAACGAGUUCUCCUUUGAGGACAACGCCAUAAAAGGCGGGAAGAAAGCCUUCAAGAUGAAGAGAGAGGCCCAGGUGAAGUUCCAUGUCCUCCUGACAUCGUACGAGCUGAUCACCAUCGACCAGGCAGCGCUUGGCUCCAUCCGCUGGGCAUGUCUCGUGGUGGAUGAAGCUCACCGCCUCAAGAACAACCAGUCCAAGUUUUUCAGGGUCCUCAAUGGCUACAAGAUAGACCAUAAGUUGUUGCUGACGGGGACCCCACUGCAGAAUAACCUGGAGGAGCUCUUCCACCUUCUCAACUUCCUCACUCCAGAGAGGUUUAACAACUUGGAGGGCUUCCUGGAGGAGUUUGCUGACAUAUCCAAAGAGGACCAGAUUAAGAAGCUGCAUGACUUACUGGGGCCGCACAUGCUGCGGAGACUCAAGGCAGACGUCUUCAAGAACAUGCCAGCCAAGACGGAGCUGAUCGUCCGAGUGGAGCUGAGCCCGAUGCAGAAGAAAUACUACAAGUACAUCCUAACUCGGAACUUUGAGGCCUUGAACUCACGAGGCGGUGGGAACCAGGUGUCGCUGCUUAACAUCAUGAUGGAUCUUAAGAAGUGCUGCAACCACCCGUACCUCUUCCCUGUGGCUGCUAUGGAGUCUCCGAAACUCCCGAGCGGGGCCUAUGAGGGCGGGGCACUUAUCAAGUCGUCGGGGAAGCUGUUGCUGCUGCAGAAGAUGCUGCGGAAGCUGAAGGAGCAAGGACACAGAGUGCUCAUCUUCUCACAGAUGACCAAAAUGUUAGACCUUCUGGAGGACUUCCUAGACUACGAAGGCUACAAGUAUGAACGUAUCGACGGUGGCAUCACGGGUGCUCUUAGGCAGGAGGCCAUUGAUCGGUUUAAUGCUCCUGGUGCCCAGCAGUUCUGCUUCCUCCUGUCCACCCGAGCUGGCGGCCUGGGCAUCAACUUGGCCACUGCUGACACGGUCAUCAUCUUUGAUUCAGACUGGAACCCCCAUAAUGACAUCCAGGCCUUCAGCAGAGCCCAUCGGAUUGGGCAGGCCAACAAGGUGAUGAUUUAUCGGUUUGUGACCCGAGCGUCUGUGGAAGAGCGGAUCACACAGGUGGCGAAGAGGAAGAUGAUGCUUACCCACCUGGUGGUGCGGCCAGGCCUGGGCUCCAAGGCGGGCUCCAUGUCCAAGCAGGAGCUGGACGACAUCCUCAAAUUUGGCACCGAGGAGCUCUUCAAGGAUGAAAACGAGGGGGAGAAUAAGGAGGAGGACAGCAGUGUGAUUCACUACGACAACGAGGCCAUUGCUCGCCUGCUGGACCGGAACCAGGAUGCCACCGAGGACACGGAUGUGCAGAACAUGAACGAGUACCUCAGCUCCUUCAAGGUGGCGCAGUACGUUGUGCGUGAGGAGGACAAGAUCGAGGAGAUUGAGCGGGAGAUCAUCAAGCAGGAAGAGAACGUGGACCCCGACUACUGGGAGAAGCUGCUGCGCCAUCACUAUGAGCAGCAGCAGGAGGACCUGGCCCGCAACCUGGGCAAGGGCAAGCGGGUGCGCAAGCAGGUCAACUACAACGAUGCCGCCCAGGAGGACCAGGACAACCAGUCAGAGUACUCCGUGGGCUCGGAGGAGGAGGAUGAAGACUUUGAUGAGCGGCCUGAAGGGCGUCGACAGUCAAAGAGGCAGCUCCGGAAUGAAAAGGACAAGCCGCUGCCUCCACUGCUGGCUCGAGUUGGGGGCAACAUUGAGGUAUUAGGGUUCAACACACGCCAGCGGAAGGCAUUCCUUAAUGCUGUGAUGCGCUGGGGGAUGCCCCCACAGGACGCGUUCACCACACAGUGGCUAGUUCGAGACCUGAGGGGCAAAACUGAGAAGGAGUUUAAGGCCUAUGUGUCUUUGUUCAUGCGCCAUCUGUGUGAGCCUGGGGCAGAUGGCUCUGAGACCUUUGCGGAUGGGGUCCCUCGGGAAGGGCUGAGUCGCCAGCAGGUGUUGACCCGAAUCGGAGUCAUGUCUCUCGUCAAGAAGAAGGUGCAAGAGUUUGAGCAUAUCAAUGGACGCUGGUCAAUGCCAGAGCUCAUGCCUGACCCCAGUGCCGACUCCAAACGCUCUUCCAGGGCUUCCUCGCCAACCAAAACCUCUCCCACCACGCCAGAGGCUUCUGCCACCAACAGUCCUUGCACUUCUAAACCUGCGACUCCAGCUCCAAGUGAGAAAGGCGACGGCGUAAGGACACCUCUGGAGAAAGAGGACCCCGAAAAUCCAGAAGAGAAGCCAGAGAAGACUUGCAAAGUGGGGGAAAAGAUGGAGACAGAGGUUGACUCCCCCAGCCCAGCCCCAUCACUUGGUGAACGACUAGAACCGAGGAAGAUUCUGGCUGAGGAGGAAGUGCCAGGGGCACCUGGGGAGCCGGAGCCUGGUUACCGGGGAGACAGGGAGAAGUCUGCCUCAGAGCCAACGCCAGGAGAAAGGGGGGAGGAGAAACCAUUGGAUGUGCAGGAACACAGGGAGAGGCCGGAGGGGGAAACAGGGGAUUUGGGCAAGAGAGAAGAUGGAAAAGCAGACCGGGAGCUUCGACUUGGGCCGCCUCGAGACGAGCCACGGUCCAACGGGCGCCGUGAGGAGAAGGUGGAGAAGCCAAGGUUCAUGUUCAACAUUGCCGAUGGUGGCUUCACAGAGCUGCACACGCUGUGGCAGAAUGAGGAAAGAGCAGCUAUCUCCUCAGGAAAACUCAAUGAGAUCUGGCACCGAAGGCAUGACUACUGGCUUCUGGCCGGGAUUGUCCUCCAUGGCUAUGCCCGGUGGCAAGACAUCCAGAACGACGCUCAGUUUGCCAUUAUCAAUGAACCAUUUAAAACUGAAGCCAAUAAGGGGAACUUCCUGGAGAUGAAAAACAAAUUCCUGGCCCGGAGGUUCAAGCUCCUGGAGCAGGCGCUGGUGAUUGAGGAGCAGCUACGGCGGGCGGCCUACCUGAACCUGUCACAGGAGCCGGCGCACCCCGCCAUGGCCCUCCACGCCCGCUUUGCCGAGGCCGAGUGCCUAGCCGAGAGCCACCAGCACCUCUCCAAGGAGUCGCUGGCAGGGAACAAGCCAGCCAACGCUGUCCUGCACAAGGUUCUGAACCAGCUGGAGGAGUUGCUGAGCGACAUGAAGGCAGAUGUGACCCGCCUGCCGGCCACGCUGUCCCGAAUACCGCCCAUCGCGGCCCGUCUCCAGAUGUCGGAGCGCAGCAUCCUCAGCCGGCUGGCCAGCAAGGGCACCGAGCCUCACCCAGCACCGGCCUUUCCCCCGGGGCCUUACGCCACACCUCCGGGGUACGGGGCAGCCUUCAGCGCCGCGCCCGUAGGGGCCCUGGCCGCCGCAGGCGCCAAUUACAGCCAGAUGCCAGCGGGGUCCUUCAUCACAGCCACCACCAACGGCCCUCCAGCACUGGUGAAGAAAGAGAAGGAAAUGGUGGGGGCGUUGGUAUCAGAUGGGCUGGAUCGGAAGGAGCCCCGAGCAGGGGAGGUGAUCUGUAUAGACGACUGACUGGAUCCCAGGCCUGCCCUUCACCUCGGCCCAGACCCCGGAGCCGGCCUGCCUCGCAGGCCUUGGGGCUCGCCGCCAACCCU